AUGUUGAUAUUUAUUAAGAACUUUACACCGCCGCCCCCAGCUCGCUACGGAGGGAGGCACACCGUGACCCUGAUCCCCGGGGAUGGCAUCGGCCCGGAGCUCGCCAACCACGUGCGCGAGCUGUUCUGGUUCUGUUGUGUGCCAGUGGACUUUGAGCUGGUCAACGUGGACUCCAGCCUUACCGCUGAAGACGACAUAAACAACGCCAUUAUGUCCAUCAGACGCAACGGCGUGGCGCUGAAAGGUAACCUGGAGACCAAUCACAAUCUUCCGCCCUCAUUCAAGUCACGGAACAACCUUCUGCGCACCUCUCUAGAUCUGUAUGCCAACGUGAUGCACUGCCAGUCACUCCCCGGGGUCAAGACCCGCCACAGGAACAUCGACAUCAUGAUCAUCAGGGAGAACACCGAGGGGGAGUACAGCAGCCUGGAGCACGAGAGCGUUCCGGGCGUGGUGGAGUGUCUAAAGAUCAUCACCAGGGUCAAUUCCCUUCGCAUCGCCGACUUUGCUUUUCAAACGGCGAGGCAGAACGGACGGCGUCGUAUCACCGCGGUCCACAAGGCCAACAUCAUGAAGCUGGGCGACGGCCUCUUCCUAGAGUGCUGUAAGGAGGUUGCCAGCGGUUACCCCGACAUCGCCUUCGACACCCUCAUCGUGGACAACGCCACCAUGCAGCUGGUGUCCCGGCCCCAGCAGUUCGACAUGAUGCUGAUGCCCAACCUGUACGGUAACGUGGUGAGCAACGUGUGCGCGGGCCUGGUGGGGGGACCCGGCCUGGUCCCCGGGGCCAACCAUGGAGAGCAUUACGCCCUGUUUGAAACGGGCACCAGGAACACCGGGCGGAGCAUCGCUAACAGGAACUCUGCUAACCCCACGGCCCUGCUGCUGGCCUCCUGCCUGCUGCUGGACCACCUCAAGCUGCCCGCCUACGCCCACAUGAUCCGCAGGGCCACGCUGUCCACCGUCACCGAGACACGGAUGCACACUGCCGACCUUGGCGGUCAGGCCUCCACCUCAGACGUGAUCAAGUCCAUCAGGAACGCCAUCCAAAGCACCGGGCCGCUGACACAGAGCAUCUAGACACAGACACACACACACGCACAUACACAAACAGACAAACACAAGAACAAACACACACAUACAAACACAAACAAAGACAGUCAAACACAAAGAACACGUAUGCACACACAUGCAUGCCUGCAAAUAUAUGCAUGCAUAUAUAUAUAUAUAUAUAUAGCAAAGAAGUAUUAUAAGUAUUAUAAGAAGUAUAUAUAAGUAUUGUAUCUCUCCUUGUGAGCCAUCCUAUGCAACUAGCGAGUGACCAAUAAGGGCAAUUUGACAGUAAAGGAACAGCAUAGCAAUAUUGACUGCACUGAAAAACCUCUGUACACCUAUGCAAUUAUUACAAUGUGUAUUUUUAGGGCCGUAAUGUUUGUAUAUCACCCUCAAAUUCCUGAAUGCCAGUUAUUUAAUACUUCCAUGUUGGGAUUCCUCAUUUUGUUUGUUAACUGAUAGUGUCAGCUUUCUGUUGUAUUGUGAGUGUUCACCACAUACAUGUUUUUGAGUUACCAGCCGCAUUUAAUCUCGUUCUGUGUUACGUGUUUCCCUUUAUCGUAAUAUGACUCCAUUCUACUGUUCAUUUAUCUCAGUGAGUACUCCUCUACGCUGCCCUAGAUUGAAAGGUAAAUGUCUGUUCUACAUGUUCCCGUCCAGCUGCUCGUGUUCAAAGCACAGCGGUCAAGCUGCUGAAUGUGUUGCACCCAGUGCUCUGCACACAGCACAGGAAUAAAGACCACUA